UUCAGCAUCCGCGCCGCGCGUCCCGAGGACUGUCCCGAGCUGCUGCGACUGAUCAAGGAACUGGCGAAAUAUGAGGACAUGGAGGACCAGGUCGUGCUAACUGAGAAAGAGCUGCUUGAGGAUGGUUUUGGCGAGCACCCUUUCUACCACUGUCUGGUUGCAGAAGUGCCUAAAGACCAGUGGUCGUCUGAAGAAACAUGCGUUGUGGGCUUUGCCAUGUAUUACUUCACUUAUGAUCCAUGGAUUGGAAAACUGCUGUACCUUGAAGAUUUUUAUGUGAUGGCUGAGUACAGAGGACUUGGUAUUGGGUCAGAAAUUCUGAAGAACUUGAGUCAGGUGGCUGUGAAGUGCCGCUGCAGCAGCAUGCACUUCCUCGUGGCCGAGUGGAAUGAGCCCUCCAUCAGGUUCUACAAGAGAAGGGGCGCCUCGGAUCUGUCCACUGAGGAGGGCUGGAGGCUCUUCAAGAUUGACAAGAAGUAUCUCUUGAAGAUGGCAGCAGAAGAGUGAGAGAUUAUUCAUUUCAGCAAAUAAAUGUUUUCUGCGAAUAUAUGUGCUCUCUGAAUAAACUUCUUGCUUCUGUGUAUGUACAGUUUGUAGUGGAAUAAAGUAGUGUGGAUGCUAAUAAUGACAGUGCAGGUGUGGUUGUAGAGCAAUGGUACUGUGAUCUGGAGCUGAGGCAUCUGUGAAGUUCAGUAUGGGUUUGUGUGCAUCCUUUACCAGUGUGGCCUUGUAAUCCCUGUAUAUGGAGACUUCAUUCUUGUAAGUGUCAUUCAAAUGUGUACAAUGUACACACUGGUAGGGUUUGUUUUAAUUAUUGCCUUUUAUAAAAAUAAAAUAGUGUUUUCACUUCA